AAUUAGGCAGCAGCGCUUCUUUUAGCUCCUGUGAGUCUUCUGAGCUGCUGGGAAUUCAUAAGCAUGUGAAAUUCACCGCAGCUCUCUUUCAGGAUAUUACCAAAACUUGUCUUCAUAAAUACUGGACCGUAGGGAAUCUUCCUGGGUAAUUCUGCAGAAUAGCUUUGCACUUCUUUGUCACUCUGUUAUUAUAGGAGACUAUGGAUUGAAAUGGUGCAAUGCUCCGUGAGACAGUGUGGCGAGUUUGGAUCUGUUGGAUAUUGAUGAGUUUUGGGCCUCAGUGGGGAGUUCAGAGCGCAGGUGCACAUAGCUGCCACGAAGUUAAAACAGCUUUCCAACUGCGGCAGAUUGGCCCUUUAAAAUGGGUCCCAGAAACAGCGGCAACAGAUGCGGAGCUCCAAAUCUGCAAACACCAGGGUCCGACUUGCUGCACGCGCAAAAUGGAGGAGAGCUACCAUGCUGCUGCACGCAGAGACACACUGCAGAACAUUCUCUCCUACAGCCUUGAGCUAAAGUACCUCAUCAUUGGCCAUGCUGCCGCCAUCCAGGACACCUUCCAUUCCCUGCUGUCUUUCACACUCAACCACACUCUCUCACUCCUCGACCUAGCCUACGAACCAAUCGCUGCUGAGUCCCGUCCCUUAGUCUCCGCCCUCUUCUCUGACCUUGCUCUCUACCUGCGUGGCAACGAUGACGUCUCUGUCGUCCGCUCUGUGCGGCACUUUUUCGAUGAGCUAUUCCCGCUGGUCUAUCGGCACCUGGUGAACCCAGGGCUGGCAUCCUCCACCUGGUCAGCAGAGGGUGCCGAAUGCCUCCACGCCACACGGCAAGACCUCAACCCAUUCGGCCCUCACCCGCAGGCACUGGCACAUGGGCUGGCACGGGUGUUAGGGGUCGGCCGAUCACUCAUGCAGGCACUAACAGUGGGCGUUGAGGUCCUGAACGCCUCAGAAUCAGCAGGCAUGGCAAAAGAGUGUGGAAGAGCAAUAGUGAGGAUGCAGUUCUGCUCACACUGCAAGGGGCUCACACUGAUCCGGCCAUGCCAGGGGCUCUGCCUGAAUGUGAUGAGGGGUUGCCUGGCAGGACUGGCGGAACUGCAAGGGCCAUGGAGCCGCUACAUAGCGCUGCUGGAGGGCACAAGUGCAGCACUGGCCGGAGGACAUGAGCUGGAGCUAACUCUACUGGGCAUUCGUGAGAGGAUCAACGAUGCCAUCCUGAGUGCCCAGUUGAAUGGACCACAUCUCAGCGCCAUUGUGGAAAAGGUGUGUGGUCCUCUCACUGAGUCUGCCUCAUCCACUCAAGAAGGUCCAAAACUACAGAGUCUCUCACCACAGAGUCCUGCAGGCUUAGACCAGAGUUCGAGUGUGGAGCCAGUCUCCUCUAUACCGUCCUUAAGCCCUACCAUACAGGACAACUCUGAUGAUCACCGAGACAGCCACGUUACACUGAGGAAAAGAUCCUUGCCUCUCAAACCUUCCAAGCAUGACAAGCCCAGAAGUCUGAAGAAGCUGUCUAAGGAGUUUAUGAGCUACAUUCAGCGGUACAAAUCCUUCUUCUCCAUGUUGCCAGAGGUGCUAUGUGACAGUGAGAUGGUGCUGGAUGAAUACACCUGCUGGAAUGGGGAGGAUGUGGUGGAGAGUUACACACAUUCUGUGGUGGGGAACGGCUUCCAGGCCCAAAGACAAAACCCUGAGAUUAAGGUCAGAGGUGUGGACCCGGUUUUAGUCGAGGCCAAAGAGACACUGGAGAGAUUUAAUCAGGAUAUGUGGGCUGAAACGGGAUUGGAUGAUGAGCAGCAUGAGCACUUGCAUGUGGACAGUGGCAGUGGAACUGAAACCAGCGGCGAAUGUGAUGAUGAAGACGGGUGUGAAGGUUCAGCGGAGGAUGAAGAGGAAAUAGGCCGUGUUGUCCCCUCCUUCUCACCUCCCUCUGUGAGACAAGGUUCAGGACUAUCCUUUAAAGCAGCAGCGUGCAGUACAGACUCCUCCUCACUCCUGCUCUCUCUGUCUCUCUCCCCCUUGCUGCUAUCUCUCCUGCACUCCACCUAAAGCCUCAAGGACACAAUGGCAGACUGAAGUAUGCACUUGCACUGGACACUUAGAUGUCUACAUGUUGAUCCAACCCGCUCUGUCCUGUGUAGCUGCACUCUACAUUAAACCCUCCAGCUAUGGAGAAAGUGCCUUGUUUUUGAUUUAGUUUGUUAUGAAUUAUAGUUUUGCACAUGAGCUUGUGUGCUGUUUCCUGCUUUGUAGAAUCUGAGUGGCAGCUUAUACUCAACUCCAAAAUUAUUGGCACCCUUCAAGGCAAUAUAAUUAUUUCAAUUUUGUGUCUAAAUCAUCACACACCCAGAGUUGUUGUCAGAGGUAUUUUCUGACAUGAUAUACAGCAGUGCUCCUGAAUUCUCAAUUCUGAUUGGUCAGAAGGUGUCACUACUGUCAGCCGCUCUGACGGUAUUAUAGCUGCAAAUUACAGGUUUAUAUUAAUGCACUCAUUCUAAUAUGUUAUCAUUUCUAUAGUAACAGCUUACACAGUAUGGUGGACUGCUCUACAUAAACAUAUUAAAACAAACACAUAAUCAUUGAUAUGGUGUACUUUUCUAUAAAGAGAAACUUUAAAGUUUCUGACAUCUGGAGGACAGAGGAGUUUACACUUUGCAGUUUUUCUGUAAUAUGUUUUUGCCUUGUUAACUUAAAGAGAGAGAAAAAAAGAGAUGUUUGUAGCUGCUAUAACAUAAGUGAUAACAGGAACUAACUUGUUUCAUGAUUGUUUCACAACAUUAAAUGGAUGAAUUGUAUCACAUGUUGUUCCUUGGCAAAUUGCUGUGGUAUAAGAGGAAUAAAAACUCUUUGGGAUGUGCUGUUUUGGGAAAAUAUCAACAUCAUGGUGGGAACGUUGCUCCAAACAGUUGUAGCUCCUUCUUAAAGUUUAAAGAUGGAGUUAUUAGAUGUGAUUCAGAUAAUAUAGUUCAAGUUUGAUUUGUGCAAUCUAAACUGACUCCUUCUGAUAUUGUUUAAAAAAAUAAAUAAAAUGAUACGACUGAGCUAGAUGAUGUCUUUUGAGUUGAAUGUGUGAUGAUUUAGGCAUGCAGCUGGCAUGAAUUCUUUACUUAGCUAAAUUAACCUUGCUGUUCAGAGACUAAAGUAAAGAAGCGAGCUUCAGACUCAAACGUGUGUUCAACAUUACAUUUAGGAUAAGUGGAAAAAUUGAGUAAUUUUUAAAUUUAAUUAUUGCCCAAACCGUUUGUUUAAAGAAAAUUGCUGCUGUUCGAAUUAAAACUCAGCCACAAUCUCAUCUCACCUCACAGUAUUGUGUAAGUCAUGUGGAAAGGUGUUCGUUGCUUUGUGUAUGAAUGUAUGUGUGACCUUUAUGUGUACAUAAUAUUUUAGUUCUAUUUUCAUUUACAUUAGUAUAAUACUGGGAUGUUGAAAUUAGGUAAUGGAAAUUAGCAUAUUUAUGUGGAACUGUAUGCAAAAAAGGAAGUACAGCAGUCUGGGUUGUACAUGGUGUGAGUAACCAAUAUAGAAUGAAAUAUAAGAUUAUUUUAUUAUACUAAUUGAAAAUGUAUGUACGCAAAACCUCAUAAUAUUGUAAUUGUCUGAAACCUGCAGCAUUUCCGUCCUUUGUCUUAUAAAUAUUUGUUUUAUAAAUGUGUUUUAAAAGCAUUUUCUGGCAUUUUGGCUAAAGCAUGACACUGAUGUGACAAAAAUGUGUUACAACGGGCUCAGUCAUGUGUAAAUCGGUCAGUAAAAUGGUGUAUGAAUUCAGGAA